AUGAAGCAAUACCUGAGCAGUCCACCUCUCCUGAGCCCGUCCAAAGGAGGGGAGAACCUAUACUUGUACCUGGCGGUGUCAGCCUCGGCAGUAAGUGCAGCCUUGAUUAGAGAAGAAGGCAAGAAGCAACUCCCGAUGUACUACGUCAGCCAAGCCUUUCAAGGAGCUGAGUUCAGGUACCCAAGGAUCGAAAAGAUUGCGUUUGCACUUAUAGUAGCCUCGCGCAAGCUCAGGCCGUACUUCCAGUCAAAUCCUAUCCUUGUGAUGACGGAUCAACCAAUUAAGAAAUCAAUGAACAAACCAGAAGCAGCAGGGAGAAUGGUCCAAUGGGCAAUCGAACUCAGCCAAUUUGACAUCGAGUACCAUCCAAGAACAGCUAUCAAGGCACAAGCUUUGGCUGACUUCAUCGCUGAAUUCACUCUUCCAGACGAAGAUGGAAUUACAGACGAAGUUGAUAAAUGGACAAUACAGACAGAUGGUUCGUCAGCCCAAAAGAGGGGGGGAGUAGGGGUCGUCAUAACCACCCUCGACGGAGAAGUGAUGAAAUAUGGGUUUCAACUGAAGUUCCCAGCCACCAAUAACGAAGCCGAGUAUGAAGGAAUAUUGACGGGCUUGAGGCUUGAGAAAGCUCUUCAUGCCAAAAACUUGCUGAUCCAGAGUGAUUCAAAGCUGGUAAUCGGACAGAUCAGUGGAGAGUACGAGGCAAAGGAAGAAAGGAUGCAGAAAUACCUUAAACUGACAAGGCAACUAACUCAAGAGUUCGACACAGUGGAGUUCGUCCAGAUACCAAGAAGCCAGAAUAUUGGGGCCGACGAAGUAUCAAAACUAGCGUCAUCAGAAGAAGGGAAGACGAGCACAGACAUGGCAAUAGAGAUCCAGAAACACUCGAGUAUUGAAGAGGUGGCGGUGUUCUCCAUCCAGAGCACAGACACCUGGAUGACGCCCAUAAUAUCCUUCCUCCAGGAUGGGCACCUACCUCAGAAUACUGACGAAGCCAGAAAGGUCAAGAAGAGAGCAGCCAGGUUCAUGAUCCUGAAUGACGUCUUGUACAAGAGAGGCUUCUCUAUGCCUUAUCUAAAGUGCGUCGACGAGGAUGAGGCCAAAUACAUCCUGGAAGAAGUACAUGGAGGAAUCUGUGGCGACCAUGCCGGCUCCAGAUCCCUAGUCAACAAGGUGAUAAGAGCGGGGUAUUUUUGGCCAACCAUGCAGGGGGAUGCUGCUGAUAUCGUCAGAAGGUGCGACAGAUGCCAGCGGUACGGGAAUGUGCAACGGCUUCCAGCGGAGAAAAUGAUGACCAUAGCCUCCCCAUGGCCGUUUGCACAAUGGGGAAUCGAUAUCGUCGGUCCUCUGCCCCAAGGUAAAGGUCAGGUAAAAUUCCUUCUAGUUGUUAUUGACUAUUUCACAAAAUGGGUUGAAGCAGAGGCCCUAGCAACCAUCACUGAGGCUCGGAUUCGAAGGACUACAGCUAGAACCCCAACAGGAGAGACACCCUUCAGGCUUACCUAUGGCACAGAGGCAGCAAUCCCAGUAGAAGUUGGAGUAACAAGCAUCAGACGAGGAACUUUCAGAGAUGGACUCAAUGACAAGGAACUGCGGUUCAACCUGGAUUGCCUGGAUGAAGUAAGAGACAAUGCAUCUGGUAGAAUGACAAAGUAUCAAAAAAAGAUGGCCGAGUACUACAACAAGAGGGUCAAACUCAGGCGUCUAGACAUAGGGGACCUCGUCCUUCGCAAAGUCACUAUAGCAACUAAAGACCCUACUCAAGGGAAGCUAGGCCCUACAUGGGAAAGGCCUUACCGCGUCAUUCACUACUCUAGACAAGGAAGUUACCAUCUGGAAACUAUGGACGGACAAAAGCUCCCUCGUCCUUGGAACAUUGAGCAUUUAAAGAAAUACCAUGAGUAA